GCACACGAUACUUAACUUCCAUUCCCGAACAACGACAACGGCAAGCUGGUGCUGCUGGUCUUAUACGUCCUUCCUUCAAUACUUUCCUAGACCCACUGCUACGACUAAGAUUCUGUGUAGCACUCUAUUGUCACAUGUGCACUGCCCCCUUUUCUACCUCCCGUCCAUUCCUUGUGACCAAACAGCUAUGUUUCACUCCCGUCUGCGGGUGCGUGUUGGGCCAUCGAUGGAUCAGCUUGUUUGUAUCACAGACAAAGUGAAUAGCGGAAAGGCGCACGACAUAUCUUCGGAAUUGUUCGAAGGCAAGGUCGCUAUCAACAUCAAAGGUUUCACCAAUCCCCGUGGCAAAGAGCAUUAUGCGGAGUACUUUGACCGAGAAGAUAGGAAAGGGAUCACGUGGAGUAUCCAGGUUCAGGGCCGGUUCCUACAACCGACUUCAGCAGAUGACGUUAUGUUUGGAAAUACGUUCGACAAACGUUUAAAGCUGCCUUGGGGUGCUGGUGUGGCACUCAAAUUCAUGAAAUUCGUCGACCCUACCUUGGAACAUGACUUGCUGUCGGACACGAAGCCAUGGGCCCUUUCACCACUGAUCGCAACAAUGCCCCAUUUUGUACACGAAAGAAUAGACGACAUCCGGGCUUCGCCCCUGCUAGAGAACAGACGGUCAGAGUCCUCGUUUCCACCCUCACGAUCAAUAGGCGAGGAUACCUCGCAGUUGCAAUUUGCCAUUGCGUCCUCGAAUUCUUCUAGCUCUACGUAUUUGACCCCAUACUCGUCCAAUUCUACGUUUGUGACACCAUCCCCGUCAUUGUCAGUUGCCUCAUCUUCAUCUAACCUCUCGAGUUUUCCGAAGAUGCCUGGUUCAUUGGGCGUCUCGUCAAAUAAUUCUCUUACGUUGCCUCUUGAAAAAGCACAUAUGAAGAAGAAUAAGAAGAGGCUAUUUGAUCGUGCGCUGGAUCUACGGACUACAAGCGAACGCAGGUCAUACUUUAGCAGUCCUCAACAUCGACAAGAGAUUGUAUUUGGACCUGAGGAUCUGAUCACGACAGAUUUUUGCUAUGGGUAUCUGCAAUUCAAACCGACUCUUGCCUUGAGGAUUUCAGGUGGCAUGACAUUCGACCUCAUGAAGUACUGGGAUAGACAUCCUGUCAGGUUUGUUUGUUGCAAACGGAGAAAGCCAGAAGACGGAGAACGCAGUGACGGGCAGCCCACGGGUGACUUAUAUUGGAUUGUCUCGAUAGAAACUGCAGAUGAAAGCGAUAUACAUCAGGAAGAUUCAACGCCAGGACAGGGUAUAUAGACGGGUAUUUCUAAAUCAUAUUCACAACUUGUAUUAUUGAGCAAUAGACACAACGGAC